CUUGUUAGCUUGUUACGUCAAAAAUCUAGCUAGAUUCAUCAAAGAUUCAUGAAUUUGAUACAUUUAUUUUAGAAAAAGCCUCUGAAUGAACACAUUAACGCUACUCGGCUACAAUCAUGUCAUACGCCAGUAACCCGGCCAUCGCAAACUUUGUGGAAUAUCUGCAGAUACCGAGUGUGCAGCCAAACAUUAAUUAUGAUGCCUGCGUCAGUUUCCUGAAAAAGCAUGCGUCGUCGCUCGGCCUGGAAUUUUUAGUUCACGAGGUCGUACCGAAGAAGCCAAUCGUCAUUCUAACAUGGCGAGGCUCGGACCCGGCUCGUCCUUCGAUACUGCUCAACUCUCACAUGGAUGUAGUUCCUGUGUUUGAAAAAAGUUGGUCAUACCCGCCCUUCAGUGCCCACAUCGAUAAGGAUGGAAAAAUCUUUGCCCGUGGCUCUCAAGACAUGAAAUGCGUUGGUAUACAAUACCUAGAGGCUGUUCGUAAACUGAAGGCUGCUGGGGUGCAGUUGAAGAGGACCCUUCACAUUACAUUCGUUCCAGAUGAAGAAAUUGGAGGUCACGAUGGCAUGAUGAAAUUCGUGCAUACGGCCGAGUUUAAGGCUUUGAACGUGGGGUUCGGGCUGGACGAAGGCAUCGCGAGCCCUGAAGAGGAAUUCAUCGUGUUCUACGGCGAGCGAAGCAUUUGGCAAAUUCACGUUCAUUGCCCUGGAACACCCGGACAUGGCUCUCUCAUUCUUCCGAACACGGCUGGUGAAAAGCUAAGGUACAUCAUUGACAAGUUCAUGGAUCUGCGGGAACAACAAAAACGUAUCCUGGAAAGUGACCCCAAACUGACAACAGGGGAUGUGACCACGAUAAAUCUGACACAGAUUUCUGGUGGUGUGCAAUCGAACGUCGUUCCCGAAAAACUGACUGUGGUGUUCGAUAUGAGGCUCGCUAAUACUGUCGACCACGUGCAAUUCGAGAAUAUGAUCAAACAAUGGUGUAAAGAGGCCGGUGAGGGCGUGACCUACGAGUUUGAACAGAAAAAUGACAAGGUGGAGUCGACCAAACUUGACGCCAGCAACCCUUACUGGGUGGCUUUCAAGGCUGCCGCCGAUGAGAUCAAUAUUAAACUGGACUGCAGAAUCUUCCCCGCUGCUACGGACAGUAGGUACGUCCGCAAAGUUGGUAUCCCUGCGCUCGGGUUCUCUCCCAUGAACUUCACUCCAGUGCUGCUACAUGACCACGACGAGUUUCUUAAAGCCGACACAUUUUUGAAGGGCAUUGACAUCUAUGUCAAGCUUAUAUCAGCUGUCGCUAACCAGUAAAACUACUAUUUUCUUUGAUACGCAAAUGUUAAUUUUAUUGGCAUGUACGUCCUGGCAAAAAAGAGUUGAAAUUAAAUGGCAACAUCGUCGUGUCGUCUCGUUUUCUCACAUAGAUUAUUAAGAAAGGAAUGACACGACGAUGUAGCCUUUUUUAAUUUCUAUUAAUUUUUGCCAAGCUGUAUUAAGGUUCAUGUCACAAUCAGUACACUGUCACAAUCGAAGAGAAAAAAUGCGUCUAGCAGAUAUUUCAUAGAUAUCUUUGCUAUGGGGUUAUAAUGUUUACAACGUGCCUUAUUAUUAUAUAUUAUAAAUGUUAUAUCAUUAUUGGACUACUUAUAUUGUAGUAACUUAUUUACAUAUUGACGAAAUAUUAUUUGUUAUUUUUAAAGUCGAUGAGAAAUUAUAAGUUAUGUAAGUUGAAAAUGUUUUUACUCUAUAUUAAUGAUUGAUUUCGUGCAAGAUAAUAUUAAAUUUAAAACUGACGAAGUAUACAUAAUUGUGUAUUCAGGAAUAUCAGGAAUCACUAAAUCUUGGAGCCGUUGACCGGAACAUGUCAAUCCGGCCCGCUAAAAUGCCAAAUUGUAUACCUAUAUUUUAUAUUCGGGCCCAUUAAGGGGGUGCGCGCGCACACGGGCGACUUUUUUGUCGCUCACCGCAUCGGUCUGUGGGCUAGUAUGAAAGUGCGCCCACGAUGCGACGCAACUUUUCAUAGAAACACACCGAUGAAACAAAAAAGUCGCCCGUGUGCGCACUCUCUAAAACGAACAGUAGCCUAAACUGAGCUCUGCCCCCUGAUGUUGAAUUAUUAUUGUGGUUCAUCACAAAGGGGUAAGGACAACAUCUUCAAGUGACAGUUCUUUUCAUUUCAAAUUAUAACAAGAAAAGGAAAAAAGUUCCUUAUUUGUACUCUGGGUUUGACGAGACCUUUCUCUGUUGGAAAGCCACAGUUAUACUCGACGUUUUAUGUUUGUAGUCGUAAGAAAAAGUCUAUUUUUUUAAUGUAAUUAAAAGCAUUUAUAAUUAUAUUUUUGUACAUUUUAAAUUUGACAAUAAUACUGAGUUAAUUGAAACCUUAAUAACCAUUUUAAUUGAUCGAAAUGAAACUGCGCUGUUAAGUUAUUUAUUAAUAUAUUUUUCACUGGUCUUCCAUAUAAGUAUAACGAAUUUUGUUCAUAUCAUAUUUAAUGUUUUUGCAAGUAUUUUAUUUGUUACUGGUUUUAAAUUUUAUUAAACGAUUUAUACACCGUC